UCCAGCAAGGGCUGGCCGGCUUCUGCCCUCGGCGGAACCCCUCGCAGGGCACCUUCCUGGGGCUCCUGUGAACUGCUUCGGGGCAGAGCAGGAAGGAUGGUGUGGUGGUAGUGGUGUCAGUUCUGUCCAGAUGGCAACUGCGGCUGAACCGCGACACUCUCCUUGUAGCGGUGGAGAUAAAGCCGGCCACUCCAGACUCUAAUCCGAGCGUGCAAGAGGGGAGGAACUGGCGCUUCUUCAGUGGAGCCACAUUCCUGGUCUCAGGGGACCCCAAAACGGAUUUCUACAAACGUCGGUGGGACUUGGCCAGACCCGCGCGGAGGAAGGUGGGCGCAGCCCAGUCCUAACUCAGAAACACCAGCAGAAGCGCUGAGCAGAGGCAGGUAGGCUUUCUGUCGCCGGCCAGGUGGGCUUCUUGGGCUCCAGAGGCGCAGGGGAACGGGUGCUAGGGGGCAGCGCCGGGGCCCUUUGCGGCCCGCCACCCCCUCCCCCUUCCCUGCGGGCUUUUGCGCACGACGCACCGUUUCACACGGGGUAGAGGGGCCCGGAUAAAGCCAGCGGGCGCUAGGCGCGGCGGCAGGCGUUGUGGGGGCGACAGCGGUGGCGGGACGACCCUUCGGCUUCCCUCGCGCGACCCAGGCGGGAGCGGACUCGCGGCGGAGCCUGCGGGCGAGGGGCGCACGCGGCGGGGCGGCGGGAGCGGCAAGCCGGGCCCUCCAGGCAGGUGAGUGCGCGCCCCGGGGCCGUCCCGCGCGCAGCUUCCAAGGCGCACGCGGCUGGGCGCGCGGGGCCGCAUGGAGGCCACCGAGAAGCUGCAUCUGCUGAACGCCAGGCUGGGAGCCAGGCCCUGGGAGGGAUGAAGGAGGAGGGAGCACCUGGGGCCGAGACUCCUGGACUGGUCAUUCCUCAGCACCCCCUGCAAACAGGGGCUUCUGGUCACUCCUCCGAGAGUCUGUCGAGCUUAGAGUAUUGUUAGCACUUCUUCCAAAUGGGCACCUGGGAACUCCAAGGCCCCAAAGAGAGGUCUUACAGAUCUCUGUGGCAGAAUGGGGCUAGCUGGAUCCCUCUGUCCUCACCUGGCAUGGACUUGCAGCCCAUUGAGCUGGCUGCCAAGAGCAACCAUUAUUGUCAUGCCCAGAAGGGCCCUGACAGUCCCUGGGACCCCAAGAAGAAGCAGGCCUGGCGCCAGCUCUGUGUGGCCGCUGCCUUCUGCCUGUUGUUCAUGAUUGGGGAAGUCAUUGGUGGGUACCUAGCUCAUAGCCUGGCGAUCAUGACAGAUGCAGCCCACCUGCUUACUGACUUUGCCAGCAUGCUCAUCAGCCUCUUCUCCCUCUGGAUGUCCUCCCGGCCAGCCACCAAGACCAUGAAUUUCGGCUGGCAGCGAGCUGAGAUCCUGGGCGCCCUGCUCUCUGUGCUGUCCAUCUGGGUCGUGACUGGGGUACUGGUGUACCUGGCGGUCGAACGGCUGAUCUCCGGGAACUAUGAGAUCGUGGGGGGCACCAUGCUGAUCACCUCAGGCUGUGCUGUGGUCGUGAACAUCAUAAUGGGGUUUAUCCUUCACCAGUCCGGCCAUGGCCACGGGCACAGCCACGGCCAUGGGCAUGGCCAUGACCAUGGGCACAGUGACAACGCCAGCCAGCAUCAGGAGAAUCCCAGCGUCCGAGCUGCCUUUAUCCAUGUGAUUGGAGACUUUUUGCAGAGCUUGGGCGUUUUGGUGGCUGCCUACAUUUUAUACUUCAAGCCCGAGUACAAGUAUAUAGACCCCAUCUGCACCUUCCUCUUCUCUGUCCUCGUCCUGGGGACAACGUUGACCAUCCUGAGAGAUGUGAUCCUGGUGCUGAUGGAAGGGACCCCCAAGGGCGUGGACUUCACAGCCGUGCGGGAUCUGCUGCUGUCGGUGGAGGGGGUGGAAGCCUUGCACAACCUGCAUAUCUGGGCGCUGACCGUGGCCCAGCCUGUCCUGUCUGUGCACAUUGCCAUCGCUCGGAACACAGAUGCCCAGGCUGUGCUGAAGGCAGCCAGUGCCUGCCUGCAGGGGAAGUUCCACUUCCACACUGUGACCAUCCAGAUCGAGGACUACUCGGAGGACAUGAAGGACUGUCAGUCAUGCCAGGGCCCCUCGGCCUGACCGCCUGGCCAGGCACCACCUGGAGCAUGGACAGGCCUGCAGAUGGCUGGACAGAGUGUCCCCCAGGCUGAGCCAGGACUCCGCCUAGCCUGACUGUUAUAAACCGGGUGCCUCUCCUGAUCGCCACUCCACGUUCAGGGUGGAGGAGCCUUGUCCCGCUCCAGGAAUGGGCUCUUCCUCUGCCUCCCGUAACUGCCUACUGCCAGCCCCAGGAUGGGAACUCAGCAGCUGUAGAACUAGUGUGACCCGGCACCCUCAGCUCCUGGCGGGGCAGAGUCUGGGCCGCAUCCUCAGCCCAUGCUGGCCUACCAGCAGCCUCUGGAAAGGCAGUGAAGCAUAGUGAGGGGUCACCUACCCGCCUCAUUUCCCAUUUUCAGUCUGCCUGGCCUUUGCCUUGGGAACCUGUAAGGAAGCUCUGGAACAAAGCCCCUUCCCUGUGCCUCUAGCAAUACGGCUUAAGGAGGCCAGUGGGGGGUUGGGGAGCUGGGAGGACCCUACACAGCUAUACAGGUCACCCCCGCCCACCCCUGUCCCCGAAAUGAGGAGCCAGAGGGCAUCUAAGGCUGACCUGUGCCUGAGUCACUUCAGCUGUGAGCUAAAUCUUUCUUUUCCUGGACGGAGGGGGCUUCCAAGUUUGUAAGGACCUGCUGGUCCUCUUGCCUCAUUCUCCCAGUCCAGGAAGCUCUGCCAACACCAAGGUGACAGGACGAGUGGGGGUGGGCAGAGAUUUCAGCUUAGGUCCCAAUUUAACAGCUGCACAGCCCCUGAGGCUACUUCUCUUACCCAGAUAGUGGCCGGGGGUGGGGGGUGGGGGUCAAGGAGCCUGACAUCCAAUAUGGUUAGACCAGCUCUGUUGCUAGUACGGCCUAGCCUGCUCAGAACUUGAGGAUGGAGGACAAAGAGGGUACGACCAGGACAGGAGGCCCUGGCUUCCUGGGGUGCAUGUGAAGAUUCCUGAAUUAGGGGGUGGCUUGUAUUUACAAGAUGGUGAAGGUGGGGGUAACCUGCCCCCCCGUCUCACAGAGGCGGCAGCAUGCCCAGUCAUCGGGUGGCCCUGAUCUAGUAGUCUCUGCCCUCAGGCAAGUCAGAGCCGCUCUCAUCUGUGGACUGAGAACCUUGACACCUACCUCACAGGGUUGUUGUGAGGGCUGGAGCCAAAGUCCGCUAAGCACCUG